UUCGAACAUCCUCAACAAGGCAGACUUCCAUUCAACCUUGAACCUUUAUUUGACUUCGGUUCAUUUAUAUAAUGGAUCGCCAAUCAUAGACUUCAAGUGUUCGAUAGAAACUCACUUCCACAUAUCAUGGCAAAAAAUCAAGCAGCAUUCCUGGACGGUGAAGGCUCCCGGCUUCGGGUCGGUGAGGCUCCAAUGCCCCAGGCGGAAACCGGCCGCAUAGUCAUUCGCAACAGAUUCCUCGCUGUCAAUCCAGCAGAUUGGAAGGUCCAGGACAACGGCUUCUUCAUAAGGCGGUAUCCAAUUGUCCUGGGCGAAGAUGUGGCCGGCGAUGUCGUGGAUGUCGGCGAAGGCGUCACACAUGUCAAGAAAGGAGAUCGGGUGAUCGCGCAUUUAGACAACCUUGCAACACAGAAGGUCCAGCACGGUGGCUUCGCGCUUUAUUGCUCAGCACCUGCGGUCACUGUGGCCACCAUUCCGUCGGACAUCUCUUACGCCGAUGCGUCCGUGUUGCCGACCGCCUUUGAUACCGCUGCCGUGGGGCUUUACUCCCCAGCCUCGGAAGGCUUUCUUGGUUUGCCAUUCCCGUCCGCUAAUCCGCCGUCCUCGGGCAAGAUCAUUGUUGUAUGGGGUGGAUCCUCUUCGGUCGGCGCACUUGCCAUUCAACUUGCUGUUGCUAGUGGUGUCAAGGUUGUAGCCAUAGCAGGUGGCCACAAUUUUGACUUCUGUAAGAAGUGCGGUGCAUCAGAGGUCAUUAGCUACAAGAAAGCUAGUGUUGUGGACGACGUUGCCGCCGCCGUGAAAAGUGUUGGCGGCGCUUUCACUGGCGUGUACGACGCGGUGUCGUUACAGGACCAGUCGUACAAACACGUUCUGCCAAUCCUCGAGAAGCUUGGUGGAGGGAACCUGGCUACAGUUCUCCCGGUUCCUGAUCCAAAGGGCGUCGCCAUCAACAUAAAAUGUGGUAAUAUACUGUGCAUUUCACCACUUACCCAUCCUCUGUGGAAGGAUUACGUCGCCAAGGCUUUGGAGAGUGGACAACUCAAGUGUCUUCCGGAGCCAGCUGUCAUAGGCAAAGGACUGGAGUGCUGUCAAACUGGCCUGGAUGAGAACAAGAGGGGAGUUUCAGCCAGGAAGGUGAUCAUUGAGCUGUGAUGAUCCGCAUGUCCAGGAAACAAUAAGUGUCAACCUACCUAGGUCUGGAGAUGCUGGUCACGGUCGAAAGUGCCAUCCCAGUCUCUGCCACUAUAGGGCGCAUAACAGCUAUAGCAGGGACGUAGUUCUAGCAUAGAUUAUAGCCGUGGCGGGAUGGAAAAGAUUCGUGAAUGCAAGGUGUGUAGGUUGAUGACAUCUACUAUCGAGGCCUUCAAAGGCGAAGGUGUCGGAAGAGUCAGACAAAAUCAAAUUUUGGCUUUGCUCAGUGCAAUCGGCAGCGAUUAAUCCAGAAGGAG